AUGGAGCCCGACAGCGCGACACCAAAUCAGAUGCAAACAGAAUCUUUAUAUUCAUGUCCCAACGCUGCAUCUCCGGUGCCAUUAAAUAGUCUGACCAGUACUCCAGGGUUUGGAACAGUUACUCCAAAUCGCGUCUUUGUAGGAGGAAUUGAUUUUAAGACUAAUGAAAAUGAUCUGAGGAAGUUUUUUGCUCAGUAUGGCAGUGUGAAAGAAGUGAAGAUAGUAAAUGACAGAGCUGGAGUAUCAAAGGGGUAUGGCUUCAUUACUUUUGAAACUCAAGAAGAUGCACAAAAGAUCUUACAAGAGGCUAAAAAACUUUAUUAUAGGGAUAAGAAAUUGAAUAUUGGUCCAGCAAUCAGAAAACAAAUACGGAAUCCUCGUUCUACUGUAAUACCGGAAGUUGCUACAAUGUACUUAACUACAUCAAGUGGAUAUCCCUACAUAUACCAUAAUGGAGUGGCUUAUUUUCAUACAUCUGAAAUUGCUUCUGUUCAACAACUGUGGCCAUCGCGCUCUGUUUCCAGUUCACCUGUGAUGGUGGCUCAACCAGUUUAUCAGUCUCCUACAUACCAGUAUCAGGCACCAGCCACCUGUGUUCCAAGUCAAUGGCAAUGGUCUGUUCCACAGUCUUCUGUCUCUUCACCUUCAUUUUUGUAUGUGCAACCAUCUGAAGUCAUUUAUCAGCCAAUAGGGAUUACCCAGGAAAGUGGAUGUGUACCUCCACCUCUCCUUGUAGAAGCUGCAGCUCCAGAGGUGUAUUCUGAUCAUGGAGUUCAAGCACCACAUCAGCAGCCUGUUGCUCAGAAUGCCAUAGCCAUGCCUGCGCCUGUGAGUAUCAAACAAAGGUAGUUAAAGCAGGCAUGGUGGAGUAUAUGUGUCAGGGGACACUAUGGAGCAUUCAGUAUUAAGCCAUUUGGGCAGCUCUCAUCUGCCUGCACUGAUUUUCUUGUCCAGUCCUUCCUGUGUGGCUGA